GAGUAAUGUUUUGUGAACGCAGGAGUGGUCGAAGCCUCACGAAGCAUGGCGCUCCUCCGUCAAAUAUCUCGUAUGCGAUCCGGUUUUCCGUGUUUCUGACAGCCAACAUGAAUCAAGAAGCUGUUUAAUAUUACGCACUGAACGUCAAAUUUGUCGAAACUCAAGCUGCCCGUUCGGAUCUCAACUACGACAAGAGAUGCGUUGUCAACAGCUGGAAAUAUUUCACGUUGCGAUUCACAACCGAUUCUAUUAAUUGUUUGGUAUCUUCGGCGGAUAUAACGUGUAAUAUUGGAGUAAAUGGUUUUUUUUUCUUGAGUGUAUGGAAAAGUUGCAGAUUGUGGUCCAUAGAUUUGAUUUUGGCACAAUCGCAAAAUGCUGCCGGUUUUCCACAAUCCACGUGACCCACAUUCCAACUUUAAGAGCAAAGUCAAGGAAAAAUUUUUGGGCUUGAUACGCCUUAUCUUCUCUGAUCAGAACACUCGGAAUUUGUUCCUGUUUCUGAUUCUCAACUUGUCUUUUGCUUUUGUGGAGUUGUUGUAUGGAAUAUGGACUAACAGUCUUGGCCUCAUCUCUGACAGUUUUCACAUGUUCUUUGAUUGUACUGGCUUGUUGUUUGGCCUAGCAGCAUCUGUUAUUACAAAAUGGAGGGCAAAUGAAAGAUAUUCGUAUGGAUAUGUCAGAGCUGAAGUAUUGGGUGGUUUUGUAAACGGAUUGCUUUUGUUAUUCAUUGCUCUGUUUAUUAUGUCAGAGGCAGUUGAGAGAGCUAUUGAACCACCAGAAAUCAAACAUGAGAGACUGUUUUUAGUUUCUGUAUUGGGACUUAUAGUAAAUCUAGUAGGAAUAUGUGCAUUUAAACAUGGGCAUGGACAUGGACACAGUCAUGGACAUGGCCACAGUCAUAAUCAUGGCAUGGGAGGGCAUCAUAAUCACUCCCAUGAAAAUCAUGAAUAUUCUCUCCUAAAUCACGACUACGAUCACGUUGAAAUGGAAACGUCUUUCAGUGGUACGAACUCACAAAUCAUGAAGGGUGUAUUUCUGCACAUUCUGGCGGAUACCCUUGGUUCCGUGGGUGUAAUCAUAUCGGCGGUACUGAUGCAAAUGUUUGGCUGGAUGAUCGCUGACCCGAUAUGCUCCAUGCUCAUAGCAGUAUUGAUAGUGUUAAGUAUAAUUUCGUUGAUGAAAGAAUCGUGGGAAGUGCUUAUGCAGAGACAGCCAGCGGCUCUGGAUCACGUUCUACCACAGUGCUACAACAAAGUUACGCAAAUGCCAGGCGUGUACAGUGUGCAAGAGCCUCAUUUCUGGACACUGUGCUCGGACGUGUACGUUGGAUGUUUGAAACUUGAAGUAGCAAGAGAAGUGGAUCCCAAAUCCGUUGUGAUAACGACGCAAAAGAUUUUCCAAUCGGCGGGCGUGAGACAGCUCACGGUUCAAUUGGAUUACGCCCCUAUGUGAUCUACGAAAGAUGCGCCAUGCUUCAUAGAACGUUACAAAAGUACUAACAGUGUAUCUGUUUGCGGACUAUGCAUAAUCUGCGACUGUGCACUUUUGGACUGCAGUCAAUAUUGCCUGGGACUACAAAUCGUUUGAGAAUCGUGCAUGCCUUAUAUGGAAAAACUGCUGACACAGGAUAAUUAAGCAACAAUUCCUAAGUAUUUCUAAGGAAAUCGAAUUAUUAAUUACUAAGUAACUAAAUCAGUUUUUAAAAUAACAAUAAACGGCAAACAAUCCAGUUUUUCAUCUCGGUAUUACGUAUUAAAAACAAAAAGUCAGUUACUUUCUCUCAUUCUAGAAUUUAAAUGACAAAUGCAAUCGCGUUUGUGAAUCUAGUUUUGUCAAAAAAGAAGAAAAAAGAAAAAUCUACUUUUGUUUGUUCAAACAUUGUAUUGAAUUGACUAUUUAUCUAAUCAGAUAUUUUUCACGUCCAAGUAUAAUUUAGCUAUAGUUAAUGUAAUGUGUAUGUGUGUGUAUAUAAUAUAUAAUAUAUAAUAUAUAUACUAUACACACUUUUUUAAUUUUACAAUAAUACUUCAAGGUGCAUUUUCAAACAUAUUUUUAAGAAUAUAUUUCUCAAACAAUGUCACACAUAACAUCAUAAGUGGCUAUAGCAAUCGAGACAGCUGAAAGAAGUUAGUCACAUGUAUAAACACAUAAAAAAUGCAAGAAGUAAAAAAAGUAAAAAAAGCAUACAUGAAAGAGCAGAGUUUUACACAAAAUACUUUUACAAGUAAAAUCAUCACUUUGUAUGAAUAUAUCUAAAAAAAAGAUCGCAAUUUAUUUUCUGUUCAUGCUAAGUACCUUCCAUCAGUUUAUUGAAUUAAUUACUUAGCAUGAAAUAUCUUUGUUGAGAAUACAUCGGUUAUACAUAUAUGUACCAUAUAUAUAUACAUAUAUAUGUAUCUGUUAUACAACGCGUAUUAUAUUUAUGUAUAUAAUUAUAAAUAAUAUGUAUAAUUAAUAUAUAUAAAUUAUAAUUUGUUAAGCGUCAAUAUGUAACUGUGACAAAUCGAAAUUUGUAAGAGUAUUUGGGCUGGAAUUCACAAAGUUUAAAAAUUGUUUUGGAAAUGUUUUUCUCGAUUUGUUACGUAAUCUUUCUACAAAUUAUUAUUUAGAUAAAUGAUUAAUUAGUUAAUUUUUAGACGAAUGAAUAAACGAUUCGUUCAGAUUUAGAAGAACAAUACAAUAAUUUUAUCGCAUUUCUAAAAGUUAGAAGGAGCAGUAAACACCAUACACUUCCAUUCCAUCUAUAUCAUAUUAAAACACACAUGUACUACCGAAACAUUAGGUACUUCCAAUUGUGAUGACGCAAGCCAAAAUAGAAAUUAUAUAUAUUGUGUUAAACAAAUAUAUUAAAAUAAUCUUUGUCAUCAUUCGGCUUUAGGAUGAAGAAAUAUUUAUCACGUGUUUAUUGUGAUAAUUCAGGCGCGACAAUUAACGUACUUUUAGAUAAAUGAGGAUUUAAUAAAAAAAAAGAAAAAAACAAAACUGGAUGUUUUCGCGUUAUCAGCUACAUAUAAAACAUAAACAGGUGCAUUGUUCUUGCGAAACCUUUGUUUUUCUACUAUCUUCAUUGCAUAAAGUUUAUAUAUGAAUGGGAAAUGCGUGUGAUUAUUAUAAAUAAAAACAUGUGUAAAUAAUAA